ACAAGUUUUAAGCUAAUUUGAUUCCGCUACCGUCGACCUAUCAUUUUAAGAACCCGGUCAGGUUCACUGAAUCGGCCCGCAGCGGUCUCCUCGUUGAUCGGCAUUCUUUCUCUCUUCGUGUAUCUAUGGCGGCGGCGGCGGCGGCAGCCGAUGGGUUUCGAGCUCUGGACGAGGCAUCCUUGGUGGAGUACAUCAAGGCUACGCCGGCUCUCCGCGCCCAGUUGGGCGAACGGUUGGAGGGCCUCGCCAUUAAGGAAGUCGGCGAUGGCAAUCUCAACUUCGUCUACAUCGUCGCUGGCCCCGCCGGAUCCUUUGUCAUCAAGCAGGCUAUUCCAUAUGUUCGCUGCAUUGGUACUUCAUGGCCUCUGACGAAGGAGCGUGCUUAUUUUGAGUCACUAGCCUUAAAAGAGCAUGGUAGUCUGUGCCCAAAUCAUGUGCCACAAGUUUACCAUUUUGACCGACCGAUGUCUUUGAUUGCUAUGCGUUACUUGGAGCCUCCGCACAUAAUUUUGCGGAAAGGGUUAAUUGCUGGAAUUGAAUAUCCACUGCUUGCACAACACAUGUCGGACUUUUUGGCGAGAACACUUUUCUUCACAUCGCUUCUUUAUCAUGCCACAUUAGAGCAUAGACAUGCAGUUGCGGAAUUUUGUGGGAAUGCAGAGCUAUGCAGGCUCACUGAGCAAGUUGUCUUUUCAGACCCAUAUAAGGUGGCUCAAUAUAAUCGGUGGACUUCGCCACACCUUGACCAUGAUGUUGAGGCUGUUCGGGAUGAUGACAUUUUGAAGAUUGAAGCAGCUGAAUUGAAGUCCAUGUUCUGUGAGAGGGCACAAGCUUUAAUUCAUGGAGAUCUGCAUACUGGUUCUAUCAUGGUGACUAGUGAUUCAACACAGGUCAUUGAUCCAGAGUUUGCAUUUUAUGGACCUAUGGGGUUCGACAUUGGGGCUUUUUUGGGAAAUUUGAUUUUGGCCUUCUUUUCCCAAGAUGGACAUGCUGAUAAAGAUAAUGAUCGGAUGGUAUAUAAACAGUGGAUUUUGAGGACAAUUGAAGAAACUUGGAAUCUUUUUCAUCAUAAGUUUGUGUCUCUCUGGAAUGAAAACUUUGAUGGGCAUGGUGAGGCAUAUCUUGUAGAUAUAUAUAACAAGCCAGAACUGCAGCUUCUUGUCCAGAAAAAGUACAUGACUGAUUUAUUUCAUGAUGCUCUUGGAUUUGGUGCUGCUAAGAUGAUAAGGAGAAUUGUUGGGGUAGCUCAUGUUGAAGAUUUUGAAUCAAUUAGUGAUGUAACCAAGCGGGCAUCGUGUGAACGUCGUGCCCUGGACUGUGCCAAAACAAUUCUCAAGGAAAGGCGCAAGUUUGAAACAAUAGGCCAAGUCAUUUCAGUCGUCCAGGAGAUUUCAGCUCCCUAACAGUUGGAGAAAUACACAAAAAAAAAAUGGAAAAAGAAAAAGGAUGCCUGUUUCCCAGUAAAAGCUAUAAUAAAAAAACGAAUGGAUGUUUCUCCUGUUCCGGGUUCCUAGAGCACAUAUCUCAUUGUGUAACUGAGAAUGAUUGCUCUAUUACUAGUUGUCAUAUCCUGAAAGUUUCUUGCCCCAUUUUACUCGUGUAAUCAUUUGGGGGAAAAAAACCAAGUUGAUUCAGAUGUGAGUUGAGGUUUAUAAGUGUGUAUAACUAGAUGUAGAAAAGAAUUAUGCUUGCCAUGGUUUUGUUAAUGCUUUAAAUUAUGAGCCCUGGAAUAAAAUCUGCUCGUUAUAU